CUGAGACCAUGGCACCUCAACAAAAUUCAACACUUAUCGAUGAUAAUCUUGAAGUCUGCCCGUCGUUGUUGAACCUUCCAGAAGAAAUUAAUCGUUAUAGUCCCAUACUGCCACCUAAAAAUAUACAAAAUCUUGACAAAAACAAUAAUAACAAUUGCAACAACAAAAAUAUCAAUAAUAAUUGUUAUCAGCAUCAAGAUGUCAACUUAAUGCCCAAGUGGGAGCAAAUGGAAAGGGAACAACGUCACUAUCACAAAUACAAACAUCACCGCAGCGGAAGUAACCGAAGUGGCCAUAGUCGACGAAGUCGCUCAAUUUCCUUGUACGGCGUCAACAGUACAAUGGAACAAGGUCACAAAGAAAUAACAAUAUGGCUUGCCGAUGAACCGCGUUAUGUAUCUGGUGUCACCAAUAAAACCACAUGCAAUGACAUAAUCAAGGCUUUGAUUGAUGAUGAAAUCAGUAAUGGCAAUUAUGAAUACUGUCAGCGACUCAAAGAUGGAACAGCAUCGCGUGACUACAGCGAUUACGUUAUAACGGAAUGUUGGCGCGGUAUAGAACGCAGCUACGAUGGCAACAUGGCAAUUUUACCUGUUUGGAAAGCUUGGAGUCGUGUACAGAAUGAGAUACGCUUAAGCUUAAAACAUCACAAAGAUAUACAGGAUCCAUCGAAGGCGUUAAAAACCAACACAACUUUAUCGUCCAUACGCGAUUACAUUUGUAAAUUGCUCAGCUUUGGUAAAAGUAAAAAACGUAACGCGAAAUCAAAAAAAUGCAAUAAGUCUGUAAAAUCGUCAAAAUCCAAAAGAGACGAAAAAGAAAAUCAUCUAAAAUCAAACGAUCUCAUGCUAAAGCUAAAUCCUGAUACCAAAUGUAGUGAACAGCAAAAAGUUAUGGAUAUUUGUUCGAAAAACGUGGAAUCCAAAGUAAAAAGUUCCAAUAUCAAACCAACAACUGAAGAGUCCGAAAUUCAAGCUAAAACUAAAAUAAACAAAGACAAGCUAUACAAAUUAUCUGAAACUCGAUCUACGAUUCGUAAACGUCGAGCGGCUAGUCGACGUAAGGAUAAAAAGAGCUCCCAUGAUAGGAAACGCGACAGCAGCAACAACGGUGAUGUUAAUAACUUUAUACGCAAACGUAAAGAUUCCUCGAUACGUAGCUCAGUUCGCAAUAAACUGGCCCAAAAGAACGUUGAGAUGAAUGAGCUUUAUGAUCGUGAAUAUGCCCUCACCAAAGAGCUGACCAAUAAAUGUAAAAUGUACAAACUUCACAAUGACUUGUACACGACGACGUCGGGCAGAAAUCUUGAAAUGUCAGUGGGUCAAAUUCAAAAAAGCAUUGAGGAGUGCGCUAAAGAAAUUAUUCAAACUGAACACGAAUUGUUGGCAGUUAAAAAUGAAAUAAAGCACGAUAUUUCGAUUAUAAAUAAUCUUAAACGUUUAACAUUGGACACAGAUCUAAAUGAGUGCGGUGUGCCAAUUAAUAUAGACCAUGUUCUAAAACCCCAAACCGAUCUGGAGCUAAACUAUGAACAAAUGCUAUUUGUUGACAAUAUUUAUGAAUUCUGCGACAAUAAUGGCAGUAUGUUAGUUUAAAAAUACUAUUAAAGCGAUUUAUGUAUAAUCGGAAAGUCUGGGCGAAUUUUUCCUGUACGACCUGACGGAUCUAUCGGGAAUGGACGUCAGAAGGCUAGAUGCCUUCAUAAUAAAUAUUUAUGUACAUAGUACUCAUAUAUACUUAUACUUAUACAUACAUAAUUGUGUCUAUCUUAAUGCCGUGUAUUGCC